AUGCCUAUUAAUCAAGGGCCGUCAGGAACCCUUUUAUCUUGGAGGAUAAGAGCGGAACCUAUCCCGACUUGGUUCAAGCAGCCAAAUGACAUGAAGGCGUAUGAUGGAAGUUCGGAUCCCGGGGAUUUUGUAACCGUAUUCCGAGCAGCAAUGUCAUUGUGUGGAGAUUGGGUAGAACUGUCACUGCGAUUUACACAACAGUUUGCUCAUUUUGGACCCCAGCCUAAAACUACACAUAAUUUAUGUGGAGUGAGGCAAAAGCCCGGCGAGAAGCUGAGAGAAUAUUACGAACGCUUUCAAACAGAAGCUAGACAAGUUAGGGGACUGGAGAAUCAGACGUAUUUGCUAUUGUUCACUACUGGGUUACAACCAGGAGGGUUGGCGAACUCGUUAGCAAAAAAGAGUCCGACUAAGAAGGAGGAGCUGUUAGAAAGAAUUCAGAAGUACAUUGAUUUGGAGGAAUUUAAAACUUCUCAAAAGCAAAUCGAACAAGGUUUUCGAGAAGCAACGCAAAAUAGGAGGUCAGAUAGACCUGUGGAGAGAGGUCAGUUUGAAGAAAGGCGGCCUCGGUUAGUCGGAGAAAGAUUCCGAGAAACAUACAGGAAGGAGUUUACGCCUUUGAAUACUUCUAGAGCUCAGAUAUUGAAGGAGGUGACGUCUACAGAAAUGAGAAAUAUUCCCAGACCGCCACCUAUUCGAUCGAGUUAUGCGCAAGCCGACAAGACCAAAUGGUGCGAGUUUCAUAGAUGGUACGGACAUUUCACAAAUGAUUGCUUUAAUUUGCAGAAUUUUAUUGAGUGGUUGAUUAAGGAGGGAAAAUUACAAAAGUAUGUGAGAAGGGGAGAAGGAGAAGGGUGUAGAGAUGAUAAAUACAGGCGACCAAAUCGUAGUCGCAGCCCGCCCGGAGGAAGAGGCAGAGAAACCAAUAGGGGCCAAAGGACAGAAGUACAAGCAUCACCCAGCCAAGUUCAGGUUGGGCAUAUAUGCACUAUAGCCGGAGGGCGAGCAGGAGGUGGAGAAUCAGGUAAUGCUCGGGAAAAGCAUUUAAAAAUGUGCAUGGCUAUUUCUGAGAAGCCUCGUUUUAAGAAGAAAUGA